AUGGCGUCCGAACUGCCUGCCACCUCCUCGGCCGCGGUCGCCCGCGCCGACGGUGACGCGUCAAACGAGCCGCUUACCUCGUCACCACGGAGCAGUGACAGUAGCAACAUCGACAAGGCCGACGACUCCCUCACCCUUUUAUCCGACGCUGGUGACCAGAGCAUGCUACGGCAUCCCAAGGGCAAGCGGAAACGGACUGCGGCCAAGGACAAGUCUAUCCUCGAGGCUGCCUACCUUGCAAAUCCAAAGCCAGACAAGACGGCGCGUCUGGACAUUGUCAGCCGGGUGUCGUUGAAUGAGAAGGAGGUUCAGAUUUGGUUCCAGAACCGGAGGCAGAAUGACCGUCGCAAGUCUCGUCCGCUUUCUCCUCAGGAAAUCGCCGCCCUCCGGUACGGUGGCAUGCACGCCCUUUCCUCCGACCCGACCACCCCGUUCGGCCACGCCUCUCUCUCCCAGCACUCGUCUUUUUCUUCGGAUGGCCACGGCACGUCUUCACCCCCGCACUUCCAACAGUUUACGUCCGCCUCCAUGUCCGCCCCUAUGCCAUCGACGACGCCCACCUCCUCUCCCGAAAUUGGCCCGUGGAUACCCGAGGCGCUUGCCCAGCGCCAGCAACAAGAAUCUGCCGCGUCCGAAAGCGGAGCACCGGCGGCUGCUCAGAUACCAUCCGGUCCUCGCUCUUUCUCAAGCUCGAUGAACUCUCUUGGUUAUCUGGCCAAUCGUUGGAACAUGCACAGCUCCUUCUCUACGUCGUCGUCCUCCUUGAGUGGAGGGAACGGACCUUCACCAAACGGCGGCCACCCCCGGGACGAGUCCGUGAGACUCGAGCCCUUUGUCCGGCCUACAUCAUCAACCCAGGUCCUGCCACCUCCACCACAACAGCAGCAUCUCCUUACGCAGCAAGCCCGGCAGCGUCCAUUUCGUCUCUCUCUUUCCCUUGAAGGCAAGGCUGAAGUUAUCGCAGGCCAGUCGCCAUCUCCUCCCCGGCGUUUGCCUCCGCCGAACCCCACUGUUGAUAUCGACCGGCGAACGGGUAGCAGCAGCAGCAACGGCGGUGACAGCCCGCUCACAGCUCUACCCGCCAUUCGCCGGUUUGGCCUUAGCCGCAGCCACUCGGCUCUGCCUAGCCUGGGCCUUACGCUCCCGCCUAUCUCUAGCCUGACGAACUCGCUAGCAAGUGGAUCGGCUCCUCCCCCUAUGCCCCAGGCCCCCCACCCGCCACGCCUGCUACGGGGUCGCUCGCGUGAUGUGCACGCAUGGGAGUCUGUUUGUGACUCGGAUACACGCGUUGACGACGAGCUCAGUGCUCACGCAGAGCAGGAGGCGAGCGGUUCAGCUAUUGCCGCGAUCAGCCUGCUGCGCUCAACAUCGUCGGUUAGCAGCUCGUCCAUGACGUUGUCCUCUGUGCUCCAGCCCAACGGCCACAAGCGGAACGUAUCGUCUCGCUCAGGCAUUCCGAAACCGGGCAUGAAGCGUGCUAAGCUUGGCCGUGCCCUGAGCAGCGUUGCACGGAUGCAGAACGUUUCCAAUACUCGGGAGGAGAGCGGUAAAGACAAGAUGUGGGUCGAUGACGAGAAGAAGAAGAAGCUUAAGCUGUCCACGCUGCUAUCUGGAAACGACUCCGACAAGGAGAACUGGAGCCCGGAUGAAGAAGGCCGUCCGAGUCUCGGCCAGCCGUCUGCCAAUAGCCUUGCAGGCAACGGGCGUCGGCCACUGCCAUCGUCUAGGAACGGACGGCAGCAGCGGGCCGUAUUGGGAGGCGAUGGUAGCAAGGGCAGCAAACACGCCCAACUUGCCACUCGGAUGACGGGGGGCAAGGUUACGGAAUUUGACGCUGCUGACAUUUACGAGGACGCGUCUGGGCGGUCACCGCCGAAGCGCGCCCAGUUGUCCCGGGCAGCCACUCUCUCUGCUCCAGAUGACGUCGAGCGUUUUAUGCGCGGUGCACAGGUUAGCCCGAGCAAGAAGGGCGACAUGGACUGCAUUGCUGGUCUGCUUUCACUCUCGCAGGGUAACUGGCGCUGA